AAAAAGACUUGCCGGAGCACUGGCUUUCUGCUGGAGCACUCACUGCGUGCUGGAGAGGACCUCUCAGCUGAUGAGCUUUUAGAUCGUGAGCUUUUUUUCCUCCUAGUACAGUGCGAUAUUAUAAACGAGGUGUGUGAGAGGAGGGUGUAGUAUUGGGGAAAGCACAGAUUACUGGGUCAGGAGUGUUUUACUGGGACUUAUAUGAAUACCGGUAAGCAACAGAAGCCAGUGCUUACAGGCCAGCGGUUUAAGACCAGGAAAAGGGAUGAAAAGGAGAAGUUUGAGCCUACGGUUUUCCGAGACACUAUUGUUCAAGGCCUCAACGAAGCAGGUGGUGAUCUUGAUGCUGUAGCCAAGUUUCUGGAUGUCACUGGGUCGAGACUAGACUACCGCCGCUAUGCCGACACCCUGUUUGACGUCCUCAUGGCUGGGAGCAUGCUUGCUCCCGGGGGAACACGUAUUGACGAUGGGGACAAGACCAAGGUGACAGAGCACUGCAUGUUCAGGACGGAGGAAAACCACACUGCUGUCCGCAGCUAUGCUCAGGUGAACAGCCCACUUCAGCCCAUCGUGGUGUAUGUGAAAGAGGAGAUGAAGAAAAAUGAUCUUCAGGAGCAGGCUGUGAUUGGCUUACUGUGGACCUGCCUCAUGAAUGCAGUUGAAUGGAAUAAGAAAGAGGAGCUGGUCACCGAACAGGCCCUCAAACACCUGAAGCACUAUGCACCUCUCCUGGCUGUGUUCAGUACUCAGGGCCAAUCAGAGCUGGUCUUACUGCUCAAGAUUCAGGAGUAUUGCUACGACAACAUCCACUUCAUGAAAUCCUUCUCCAAAAUAGUGGUGCUCUUCUACAAAGCUGAUGUCCUUAGUGAGGAAGCCAUUUUGAAAUGGUACAAAGACGCCCAUGCUGCCAAAGGGAAAAGUGUAUUUCUGGAGCAAAUGAAGAAAUUUGUGGAGUGGCUUCAGAAUGCGGAGGAAGAGUCCGAGUCAGAGGGGGAAGACAACUAAUCAUUUUGAGGAUCCUGAAGAUUUUCUGGGUUUUACACUGCCAGCUCUCUGUGACCAGCUUUUUAGUGCAUAUUUAGGCUCUUUGUCAUUACAUUUGUGUCCAGAGGGACGAGUCGCAUACACUGAGGCCCAAUCCAGGGAAAACCUUCUGAGCUCUAUAUUAAGAGUGGAGGAAGCUGCAUAUAGACAGCCUUUAAUAACAAACACUUUAACAUGGAUUUUAUAUGAAUGCCGUUCAGGUACUGCGUUUCCUGCAACUGAUUUUCAUUUGAACAAACACGUGUACAUGUCGUAUGGGACUGCUUUGAAUCUUUUUAUGAAUAAAAGCUGUUUUAUAUGUACUCUA